AUGAACCAAGAUGGAGAAACUCUAGUCAGCAGCAGUAAGAAAUAUAAGAGCUCUGCAAUUCUAGAUUGGUAUAUACCUGACUAUCCGUGGCGAGUAAUAAAGAGAGUAUCCGCGGCUUGUUCUACGUUGAACCCGGAAUGCAACAGCGUGCCUCGAGAGAGCCUGGCGCGUGUGCGAGAUCUCAUCAAACUCGCGUUCAAAUACUCGACAGUGGACAAACCUGUAGGACUCUACCUGGAAAUCAAACAUCAAAUGUGGCACGCCAGUCGUCGAGAUAUUGACUUGAUUUACGAGUUGCUGGUGCUGCUCGAAGAAUAUGGAGGAGACGACCUUGAAUUUCCCUUUCCAAUAUACCUUCAAACUUUCGAAUAUCCCGACCUUGUUCGGCUUCGAAAACGAGUUGGCUUUUACACAAACAUUUGUCUCGUUGCGCUCUUGGACGAGACCAGUCAUGUUACCCACGACCACGUCCUUCGUAAACUACCUCCCGCCGAUUUUAUCGAGGUGAUUGGCCCCACCGAGGCCGAGGUUACUGGCCCCAUCGAGGUCGAGGUUACUGCCAUAGAAAAAGUUGGCGCGGUCGCCGCAGGAACCCGCAUCCAUGAAGACACGGUGGGACGAGAGACGGCGGGACGAAAAACGGUGGGACGAGAGACGGUGGGACGAGAGACGGUGGGACGCAUCAACGGAUUGGAGAUGAUGUCGGCAGUUUGGGUUCGGCUGAGCGGUAACUGCGAAGAGAUAUGUAGUGAGGACUGCCUGGGCAUGGGCUACAUGUCCACUGUUGUGGCUUCCGCUAGGCGGAUUACGGAUCAGGAAUGGUACGAAAAAUGUCCGUCGGAGCUGCAGCAAAUCGAGUCGCGCAUCUUUUACUCGUGUGCGGACGAACAUGUGUGCUCCGCACACGCCGUAACCGACGACCUGGACACGUGCAGCGCCGAGAUGCCUUGCGUCAACCGAGAGCAACACCUCUCUUCCUUCUGGACCACGAACGACCGACACGUUGAUAUCACUUGCAUCGCAGACAUCCUGGGUCCUGACUUGAACCUACUCCGAGCCCACCCAGACCUUGCUGAAGAGAUCUCCAACAGAAAUAUUCAGCUGCACGCUUGGACAAUCAAUGAUAGACAGACAUUGGAAGAUUCGGUCGCCAUGGGUUGUCAGGGAGUGUUUACUGACGACUAUGAAAUGGCGUACAAUCAUUUCCAUCAAUAA